AUGACACAAACUGGGUUUUAUAAAAAUGACGUUGAUGCGUUGAAGAAAUGGUCCAAUAGACAUUAUUUGGUCUUGGAUUUUAGAGGUUGUCAAAGCUCGGAAAAAAUUAUUUACGAGUUGAACAGAACGAAUAUCUUUGUGUAUUCGCUGCGGUAUCUUUUCUUCGUGUCUGUUGUCGACUUCCCAGCUUUCGCAUUAAAAUUAAACGACUACCAGCUCCUCCCCAACGUGGAGGUAGUCUGUGCAAUCUUUGACGGCGAAUCGGUGUUUUUGCACCAACCGUACAAAGUGGGGAAGAUUAACGAAUUAAUGUGGGAGAAUUAUGGAAAUUGGUCAUUGGCAGGAGGCCUUUUCGAGCGUUAUGCCACCAUCCCCACGCCUCAAAGACGGGCAAACCUCCACCAUGCCAAUCUGGUGGUCGUAAUUGUCAUUUAUGAGAACGACACAUGGAACCAUUUAACGGAUUACAGGAAUCCGGGUGUUGACACUUUCACCAAGCAAGACUUUGAAUCAAUGAAGUGCGUGUUUGAGCACUUGAAUAUUAAUUAUUCUUUAACUGGGGUGGAUAGUUACGGUUAUUAUGAUAAAGAGACAAAGAAAUUUAGCGGUUUAGUUCGCGAGAUACAACGUGGAAAAGCAGAUGUGUCAGGCGUUUCAAUAUAUUUCACCGAGGACAGAUACGCAGCAGUGGACCUGAUAAAAAUGGGUAACCCUUUAGCAAUCCGGUUUAUAGUCAAAAAACCCUCAACUUCCUACAUCAAAAACAUAUUUUUUAUAACUUUCAACAAAAACGUUUGGAUCGCUUCUAUCGUCAUCAUGCUGAUAACAGCCAUCGUCGUAAAAGUAAUCCUAGGUUGGGAAGUAAAAACCAAAAAGAAAGUCAAGCAAAACUCGUAUAGUUUGAGCGACGUGACUCUAAUUGCCUUGGAAGCCGUUUGCCAACAAGGAACUACAACCGAGCCUCAGAGUCUGUCAGGUCGCAUCCUCGUUUUAAUUUUCUUUGCAGCUUUUCUCUUCAUCUACGUGUCUUACAGUGCUAACAUUGUUGUCCUCCUGCAAUCCACGACGAAAAUCAACGACAUCCAGGAACUCCUCGAGAGCAGAAUCCAAGUCGGGGGUUGCCAGACGCACUACAUGAAGAAUUAUUUCGAAGUUGGGUCAAAAACAUCGAUAAAAAAGGGGCCUUUGCAAAAAUUAUACUUGAAGAAAAUUUAUCCGGAUCAAUAUUUCCCUCUUGAGUCCGGGAUGAAAAAGCUGCAACAAGGGAAUUUCGCUUUCCACGUUUUAUUGCAAGCGGCUUACGUGUAUAUCCUGAAAAACUUCACCAAUUACGAAAUUUUUAAAUACAAGUGGAGAAUUAUUGAGUGUUUUUUGCAGGAGAAUCGAGGCUACGUCGCAGUUCCCAAGCACUCGCCCUACAAGGACCUGUUCAAAGUCGCGAUACUGAAAGUGGAUGAAUACGGCCUGCAGAGGCGCACAAAUUUGCGCAUUAUUAUGAAACCGAAAUGUUUCUCCCAAUCGGCGACUUUUAAAAGCGUCGGCUUUUACGACUGCGAACAGGUUCUCUGGAUUUGGGUCUUCGGGACGAUUUUAGCUUUGGCGUUUUUUGCCGCUGAAGUUUUUUUCGAUAAGUUUUUAGCAUCUAGAUUGGGGGCACGUGUGUCUAAAAACUUUACAUAA